AUGCGUUUCGCUUCAUGUGUGGCCCUGGUAGCUGCAGCGCUUGGCGCUAGCGUUGCGCAAGACUUGUUCCACAACGGCUUCCACCUUGCUUCUCUUACCCCCGGCGAGUUGUUCUCCGCACAAAGCCAGCCCGUAGAGACAGUGUUGAGCCAUGCAAAAGAGCGAUAUCUGUUCACCUACCGCAGCCGUGGAUCCCACGACCAGCCAAUCACCGUCUCCGGCUACACGCUCCUGCCCAAAGGCGACCCCCCCCAAGGCGGCUGGCCUAUCAUGGCGUGGGCGCACGGCACGACAGGCGUAGCAGACAUCUGUGCAUUGUCGAGCGUGUAUCCCGGCGGCCCCGAGUAUGACUACCAGGACAUCACGCUUCCUGUGCUUGACGCGUGGCUCCAGAAAGGAUUCGCCGUCGUUUCAACCGACUAUGAGGGACUGGGCAUGCCCGGCGUGCACACCUAUAUCAACGCAAAGAGCCAGAUGCAGACGGUCGUGGACUCUGUACGUGCAAUGCGGCGCAUGUAUCCCAACGCGACCAACGACAAGUGGAUUGCCAUGGGACACAGCCAGGGUGGUGCUGCGGCAUUGUCGGUUGCUGCCAGCGGGCGUGAGUAUGGCCGGGAGCUGGACUUACGCGGAGUGGUUUCGAUCGCGCCUGGCCCCUCUGGGAGUAUGCACAUCGCACAGCUAGGCUCUCCUCCCAUUCCCGUGGGUGAGGUCGUGUUUUUGCCUAUUCUUCUGUUGGGUGCACAGGCAGUGGAGCCCUCGCUCAACGUAAGCAACUUGCUCGACGACGCAAUGAAGCCUGUGAUGCUCAUGGCUGGCAGCUACUGCCUUUCGGAGCUGCGCAAAAACAUUACAAAGAGCCCUGAACGCGUGUUCAAGGAGGACGCGGAUCUUCAACCACUCCGUUCGUAUAUCCAGAAGCAGUCUGUUCAAACUAUGGAGCCCAAUGUCCCGGUACUUUUCGUUCAGGGUACCGCUGACGAGGUCAUAAGUCCGAACGGUACGCGCUCCUACUACGAAAAGCUCCACGCGGAGAACAGGACGGUGUUUUAUGAGCCUGUGGUUAACGGCAGCCAUCGCGAUGCGCUGGCCAAGAGCCCCACGCUUAUCAACGCGUUCCUGGAGAAGACCUUGCAGUAA